AUGGAAGGCCAUGGGGCAUAUUUGGCUGGCGUCUUGUCCGUACAUGUAUUUGGUUGUCAGCAUUUGAUAAUGGAUGGAGACUCUAUUCCUGAUAGCUACCAACUUUACGGUAAAGUAUCCGUUGGGACGUUAGUGAAGAGCACUUCGGUUACAACACAGGCGAAAAAAGGAAAAAUCAUCUGGAACGAAGUCCUAAAUUUUCCUAUUACAAUUGUUUCCCAAAUGAAGGAUUGGUCGAAUCAGGCAGUUUUCUCCCUACUUGGGUAUAACGAUGAAAAUCAGAACAAGCACAGACUCAUUGGAAAAGUAGCCUUUCAUGUGCACAAACUAGUAAAGAUAGGCUGGUCAAUGGAUAAAUACGAAUUGACGAACAGGAAGAAACAGAACGUUGGGGCUGUAGAACUCGAGUUUGCAUUCUCUUAUGGAGUAUUUGGAUAUGGUUUUUCAGAUCAGCUUGAAAAUCUUGUGCAUUUACCAGAGGAGGUAUUAAGACAAUCUAUGUUUCCCCGUGUGCAUCCACCAGAAGAUAAUAUGUUCUCAAAAUGGUGUCUACUAAAACCAAAAACAGUCGCACAUCCGAAUUAUAUUCCAUUCUCGGAAACGGUGACUGACUUGAAACCAGAUAUUUAUGCUGGUCAGUAUACUGCAUUUCUUGAUAUAUUAUAA